GUCUGUGCGCUCGGCGGAGUCUGAGGAGCGUAGAGUUCGAACGCACAGCGGCGCAGUCACGUCUGCAGUUUGCUGCCAACUGUCCGUGGAGGAUAUCUGUGUUUUGUCGUUUGAGACUGAAAGAGAAUCUUUUCCCUCUCCUUGUUCUGUUUUGUUAUUUGUAUCGACUAUAGCGCAGAUUAACUAUCCUGCGUCCCGUACGAAAGGAAUUUGUGCGUACGCACUCCCUCGGAUUGUGGAUCGUUGAUUUCUGUGCCAAGAGUUGACGGCUGUCACCAACAUGUUGCUUUACUCCCUUCUUUUCUUCAUGCCUGCUGUGGCAUUUUCCUGGAACUGUCCUGACGACUGCACAUGUAUCAGCGGGUUUACCAUAUUCUGCAUUCAACAACCAUCAAGCACAGUGCCCCGGGUCCCCAUCACAACACGGAAUCUCUACAUUUUCAAUAUUGGCAUCACCACAGUUUCCAGGGAAGACUUUAGGGGUCUGGUGGAGCUGGAGCUGCUAGAUCUAAGUCAAAAUGAGCUGGCAGAAAUUCCUGAUGGGGCAUUUGAGAUGCUGUCAAAACUGAAGAACUUAGACCUGUCCUCUAACCAAAUCACACACAUUUCCAAAGACAGUUUCUCUGGCCUGGUCCAGUUGGAGAGGCUGUAUCUCUAUGCUAAUAACAUUCAGAGCAUUCAUUUAGAUGCUUUUGAAAAUUUAGAGAUGUUGCUGGAACUCAAGCUGCAAGGAAACAGCCUCACAUCCCUUCCUCAUAUGGAUUUUCCAAGGCUUCUUCUUCUAGAUCUCAGCAACAAUAACAUCCCAAGCCUGGGACCUUCCGACCUCCAAACUCCACACCUAGAAGCCCUUAAACUGGGAUCUUUGGGGCUUACCACUUUGGACGAAGAACUUAUAGCCUCACUGAGAAAUCUUCAUGAACUAGAUCUGUCACUUAACAGGCUGCAUGAAGUACCUAAAGCACUGAAGUUGGAUUCGCUCAAGGGGCUAAUGAAACUAAACCUGUCUGCCAACCCACAGCUGGAGCUUAAGCAUACGGAUUUGUUAAAACUGUCUGGACUUCAAGAGUUGGAUCUCAGUGGACUUAAUCUCCAGGGAUUUUCUGAAGGCUUUUUUGAAACUUUCCCAAAGUUGGUGCACUUGACAGCAGCUGAGAACCCGUUUAACUGUUUGUGUCCAUUGGCAUGGGUUCCUGUUUGGCUAAAAGGUAAAGGAGUCACUCUUGGGAGACCAGAUGAAACCAGAUGCCAUUUUCCUUUAGUAAAUGCAGGUAAAAUGCUUUCAGCACUGGAUCACAAAGAUUUUGGAUGUCCACCAACUACAACAGAAUCUUUCGAAUCCCCCAUUGCAAACACUGUUGUCUCACAGAUGCCAACUUCAUCUCCAGAAAUUACCCAUACCGAUGCUAUUCCACCUCCUCCCCCACCUAGUAAGGAAACCGUCUCCUCUAAAACAGAUAUCUAUCUCCCUCCACUUGAAUUUCCAGUCUCCCCUAGUUCUGCAAGUGACAAAUACAAGCAAUUCUUUUGCCCUCCAAAUAUUUGCCUCAAUGGGGGUACUUGUAAUUUUGACCCACAGGGCCAACUGAGCUGUUCGUGUCCCUCAGGAGCAUCCGGCCUCUAUUGUGAAAACUUGAACGAUGUCAAUGAACCACAGCCUUCACCAACAGAAGUUUCUGAAGUUGUCCCUGUGGUGCCUGAUAAAGUGGAUGUCAUCAUUUCACGGCAGGUUACCUCCACAUCGAUCCUUCUUGAUCUUCACCACUUUAUUGAAACACAACCACACAUCCGGGGCAUCAAGUUGACCUACCGAAACCUUUCAGGACCUGACCGCCGCCCUAUUGUCUUGAGUUUACCGACUUCCUACCCCGAAUAUACUUUGCGUGGAUUAAGACCUAAUUGCACCUACUCUGUCUGUGCCAGUCCGCUUGGUGAGAGACCCAAUUCCUGGGGAAAUGGCUCUUUAGAAUUGGGGUCAUGCACAGAGGCUCGCACAGAGGACAUCCUAAUGUCUUCCCCAGAGCCACUGUUGAAAGAAAAGGCUUCUUGGACAUCCACUCUUAUCUCUUCUGUAGCUGCUCUGGUUUUAGGGCUAGCUGUGGUGGUUGGGACCAUAGUUUCCCUCCGAAAGAGACACCAGGCAAGGGCAGGAUUAGAGCAAGAGUGUGGUACACCUGAACCUGAUCCCAUGGACUUGGAGGGUAUAAAAGUUUGCCUGGAAAAUGGGGUGAAUGGCAAACUACCCCUCAAGCAACCAGAGACAGAUUUUUGUCAGCCCCCUCAGUGUCCCCAGUUGCAAAAUGGCAAUUUAGACCACGAAGCACCCUUAAUCCAUGGACACUGUCAAUCAAAUAACAAUCUAACAUCUUUAAAACCAUCAUAUUUCUAAUGGUUGUGCAGUUUUUUACAUAAGAGAUCCCACUGGGAGCUCCAGGUCCUGAAGGAGAUUUCUUAGUUUUUGUUCUAGUCUUCAGAGGUACAUCACACGUUCACAGGUGGAGAAAGGGCACUUACUUUCCUCUGUUAAACACAAGAUUACAGAGCAGGGUGCAUGAACUCUUUAAGAGACAAUAAAAGCCGAAUAAACACAUAAAGCACAGUGGAAAUCCGCUCAACCGCUUUUGAAGGAUAAAAAGAACUGGUUAAACUUUGUGAUACUUGGAUUAUGGAAGAACUCAACCUUGGAACUGAAGUGCAAUCUUGUCGUUUUAGUACUGGGGAGAAAAUGAUUGUUCCUCGUUCAUUGACCCUACUAUAAUGCUUUUAAAAAAUGCUUUGUUUGUUUGUAAAAAAUAAAAAAAUGUAAAUGAACUGUAAUCCUGUUGCUGGAUUUGGGACAUUUUGGAUUUUGGGGCCUAGAACUGGAGGACUCACUGUGGCUCAAAUAUUCCAUAAAAAUAGCAUCGUAAUUCCAAGUAUAUAAAUGGAGUCUCAACCAACAACAAAUGCACCAGGGAUUAUGAAAAGAACUUGCACUGAAAUAUUCAUUUACUCCCAAAUGUGUCAUGAGGCAAUUUCCAGAGGAAACGGAUGUUUAUAUUUGUUGUCUCAAAGUUGGUGUCAUAUAUUAUGAGGCAUACUUUGAUAUUUCCUACAACUGGUUUGAACUCUUCCAUGUCAACAAAUUAACUAAGGCUCUCCACUUUGGAAUUUGACUCCUUUGGAAUUACAUUAGCUGUGAAUAGAGUUAAUAAGAAUAACAAUAAUUAAAAAAAAGCUGUUUUAGCAGUUGGCAUAUGUUUGUUGUUUACUUUUGUAUUCUUUGAGUGUAUUUUUUUUUUCUAUUUUAGUAUAGCUUUUGUUGUGAGGUGAUAUAAUAAUUGUUUAAAAACUGCUUUUACCAGCAUUAAUUCUGUUACUAUUCUUUCUGCAUUUAAGGCUGAAAAACUAACAUAAAAUAAUGUUGCUCAAAGCAGAAAUAAAUAACACCAUAGUUUCUUGCAAAUCAGUUCUAACAGAUUUAUUGCAAGUCAGUCAGAGUUACAAAUGUAACAGAAUGCUGAUAUUUGUAUAUAGCUGUGGAUCUCACCAAGUGAAUGUAACUGUCAGACACUUUAUUUUCAUUGCCAGGCCAACCAAUGCUUCUGCCAAUGCUUCUUAACGUCAUGGUCAUUAAAAUUGUCAGACUGCUUGUGAACAAUAAAACUAUGACAAGUUGCUUCAAAAGAUUUUUAGUUGCAGAGCUCACUCCUAUGAAGCAGCAAGUGGUUUUGCCGAAAACGGAAAGGGAGUUCAAAGAUAUUCUGAUCAAUGGACCAUGUCCGUUUCCUCUUGUUAAUAAUUCCAGCCAUGUCUUCUCUGCUUUUAGUUCUGUGGAAGUGUCUUUUUUGGACCGCUUUCAUCAACAUCUGUGUUUGACUAACAUUGGUUAGUAACUGUGUGCUUGGAAACUGUUUUGUUUAACUGUUAACCAGACUGUGAGACACGCAGGCUAAAUGCCGCUGUUUGAUGUAUUCUCCCUGGGGAUUCUUUUUCUUUUUUGCCUCCAUGGGCUUUCUUUUUUGAAUACAUUUGAUACAAAUUUUUGUUAUGUUUACCCAUAUUUCUCUCAAUUUUACCAAACUAGAAGUUAUACAUGAUAAUGUUUGAAUUAGUAAGGUGGCGCUUCAAAGCGAAAAGUUUUUUGACCCCUAAAAGACCAUGUAGUGCCCUGGAUUUAACACAAUUCGGACACAUGCUCACUACUUUUUUCUAUUUUUUUCAAAUAACAAAUAUGACAUCCUCUUUUUUUAUCCAUGUUCAUCUGCAGAGAAAAUCUAAAUUCACGAAAUUUUUAAAUUUGUGGUUACUUUUAUUUAAAAAAUGUCCCAACCUUUCAGGAAUUUGGGUUUGCAUUCUAUUGUUAUGUUUUCUGUUAAGAUUAUAUUAAUUUUUUUCAAUGUUAACUUCUUUUUGACACAACCACAGGAGUUCACACGUUUAAUCUAGCAUAUCCGUACCUGGAACACUCUGGAGUCUGGUGGCAGAACUUGUAUGGUUUUAUUCAUGCCUUUUCUUCUUAAUGUGUGUCUUUGUGUUGAUUCACUUUUUGAAUUAUCGUUUUGAGUAAUUAUAAUUUUUUUUUGCAAGAAGACAAUGUUGGGAAAUGAACAGUAUUAAACUUUCUUACCGAUAACAC